AUAUGGUAAUACCUUGCAGUACUGCAUUGGCAUCCAAAGAAAGAUGCCCGCGAUUAGUUCGGUGGCAUUCUGGGGCAUUAUUACUACACUUCAGUAGUUAAUAGCUUCCGGAAUGCUGGGUACAUACGACAUAAACUUUCAUCCAAUCGACUUGAGCCAAACUUCUUAACCCAUCUAUCUAUACGUCGUUGAGACGAACCCAUUUUUUGGAUGUUAUAUUACGUUGGUCGUACCCGCAAAAUAACAUCGUUAUGCUUUGCAUCUUCGACAACUGCUGCUGCCAUUCUAUGCUGCAUUUUGUAAGCGUGCAUAUAUCUAUAUACGUGCUGGCCAAUGCGAAUCCCAACAUUAUGUACUGGAGUGCAUCGUCCCUUUUUGCUUGAGUAGUUCUUCCUAUCUUUUUUCCCGAACUCAAGCACAUGCGUACACAUAGAAAGCGAAUAGGCACUACAGCGAGUGAGAGCAGUGCCGUGUGUGUAUUUGUCGCCUCUUGUGCAGCGGAAGAACCUUGGCGCAGGCAAUUUUAAUGUUUCUCUACCAUGCAGCGCCACAACUGAUCCAGUUCGGCAUUCUCACCAGUGAGCAGGAAAAAAAUUAUGGAAAUCUUCCCUCAGCAUUAUCGUCGUCGGCAGAUAUCUGCCUUAGCCAUCGAUACUGCCCACGUUGAUUUAGCGGAUCAUCAAGCAGGCGUAAUAUGAUCUAUGUGUGCAAACAGAUCCCACAAACUGAAAGGGGUUUAAGGACCGUCGGUAAGAUGAGAAUAAAGACGAAUUGAAGUUGAACGUUGAGGCGUGCGCGCGCGGACGUCGAGCCAGGGAUUGGCUGUGUAGUUUGGAUGUUACAGCAACUAAUACACUAUCUAUCGUAAUCGACUUGUUAACGAAGUUCCCUAGCCUGCAGGCAAAUACAGCCCGGGUAUUUUUUCGGGGACAAAAAAUACCAUCAAUCUGCUACCAACUCGGUUAUCUGCAGUGCAUUGCCAGUGUAUCGGCAACGCCGGGAUUAUGCUUAAAGAUUACUUUGACCGAUAUGCUCCACUGGACUGGUCCCAAACGGUGUCUUAAAUACUGCAAGUGACCUUUGCGGAAAUAUUGUAACGGAAGCGAUAUUUGUGAAUGCGCGUGGUAUGGAGGAUAUGGGGGAUUUUCUAUGCCGUUUAGUGUGACAUCUCCGCUACGGAUCACUGCCUGUUUGGAGUUGUUUUUUGCUCAGCUACUCGUGGAAUAUUAUAACCGUGGCUGCUGCUGGCUGCCAGAAGCGGCAGUCGUUGCAGUAGUGAUUACGAGGAAAGAUGCAGCUGGGUGAUAGGGGCACUGUGCUGAUCCAUGACAAAUCCUCGGUCAGACAGUCGUCGCGGCUACCGUUAUCCGUUGUGCUGAAAAGGAAGUGCAUUUCAUUGUGCGGUUACUGGGGAAUGCUGAUCAUGUUACUGUAUGGAUUCGGCCCAGUCACGGCAACGCCCAGAGGACCACUUCGAGGACGGAAUCAUCAAACUGGUCAGAUAUUUACGGAGAAGGAGAUUCUGGAUAUGCUACUGGAGAACUACGAUAAUAAACUCCGUCCACGGACAACCGUCAACGGCACAGCUGGCCCAGUUUAUGUGCGCGUUAAUCUACUGGUGCGAAGUAUAUCCAAAGUCGACGAUUUAAAUAUGGAGUACAGCACACAGUUAACGUUUCGGGAGGAAUGGAAUGAUGACCGACUGGCGUAUGAUGAUGGCGGUUCUCAUGAAUAUUUGGUACUGCCUGACCCCGACCGAAUUUGGAAGCCUGAUUUAUUUUUCCAAAACGAAAAAUCGGCACAUUUGCACAACAUCCUUGUCCCUAACGUCUUCUUUCGCAUUUAUCCUAACGGGGACAUUAUGAUGAGCAUUCGAUUAUCUAUAACACUCGGAUGUCCCAUGGAUCUGCGGUUUUUUCCCAUGGACCGGCAAGUCUGCGAAAUUCGCAUGGCCAGCUACGGCUAUACGACACGCGAUAUUGACUUUGCAUGGAAAACAUCCUCGGAUCCCGAAUUCUAUCCCGUGCAGGUGGCACCGGAUUUAUCUAUGCCACGAUUCAGAUUAGCCGGACGCCGCGUCGGAUUGUGCUCUUCGAACACGGCAACCGGAAGUUACAGUUGCCUCAAAGUGGCGCUAUUUUUCCAACGGGAGUUCUCCUAUUAUCUGGUGCAAGUUUAUGUGCCCACCUGUAUGUUGAUUUUUGUCUCCUGGGUAUCAUUUUGGCUGGAUCCAGAAGCAACACCAGCUCGGGUUUCGCUGGGUGUUACAACUCUUUUAACAAUGGCCACAACCCAGUCUGGUAUCAACUCCCAGUUACCCCCCGUCUCAUAUACGAAAGCAAUCGAUGUAUGGACCGGCGUGUGCAUCACAUUCAUUUUCGGAGCAUUGUUAGAGUUUGCAUUUGUAAAUUACUGGAGCCAAGUGGAUAAAGCCCGGCAGCGCAAACAGCAAGAAGCAAACAAAAAGGAGGAAGCAGCUCGUAAGGAACUGGAAGCAGCGGCCACCGCCGGCACGGCUGCACAUGCAGCCGGUAAUCUCGGACCAAAAAAGCCCAGCCAGACAUCAUUAGAUCAUUAUGGACAGCAUCGUAUGCACUCCAUGAAUCGGCGCUCACAAAGGUCACCGGUCUAUCGGACCGGAAGUAGUGGCACACGGCUGGAUACGGAAAACGAGCUGCUGGAAGUCGAACGUAAUCCAUCCGCUUACGCACUGCGGCCACUGCUACCUCAGCGAUCGAAAAGCCGAUUAAACACAUCGGGCGAUAAUCAUCCGUCUUCCUUCUUAAUCCAAACCUGCGCCGAAUGCAACGAUAUGGGCAUCAGCGUAGACGAUGGCCUGCCGGACUACCAGAACUACGACGCCGAUCUGCACAAUGACAUGGAGGAAACCGCCCUGGACGAGGGUGACGGCGGCGGGAUGGUGCGAAUGCGCAGCAUCGGACGUAAUCGAUCACAGCGCAGUAACAAGAGCUCACUGCGCUGCACCAUGCACGAUCCGCACUUCACCCUACUGUCCAAUCCUUCCAUAUCGGCAGCGGAUCUGGAGGCCGGAAAUGCUCAUAAUGUAGCGGCCGCCACGGCGGCUGCCGCGGCGGCACACCGGCACGCCAUGACCAAUCACAUCGGCGGCAGUGGGACGAUGCUGCCCGGUGCCGGGUCCAGACGCGACUUACAUGCAUCGAGUGAUUUAGAUGAUCAUAAACGAGUUGCUCAACCGAAACAGCGAAGUUGCUUCGGCGGCCGUAUACGCGUACCGUCGAAGCGUGCCAAGAAAAUUGAUUUCUUCUCCCGGUUGGUGUUCCCUCUGGUGUUCCUCAUCUUCAAUUUACUGUACUGGAAUCUCUAUUUGGGCAACGUGCGAGAAUGGCCAGAGAAUAUAUAAGUGAUUUGGGUUCGGCGUGAUGCAUCGUCAUGGAACACUUUUCUCAAGAGACCAAAAUUGUAUUUAAGAUUUUAACUCAAUACAUUAUACAUACCCCGAAUAACAUUUUAUUGUCAACCUGAGAGUGUGGUGAUGAAUGGGAAUGUCAGUGGUGAUUACGCAGAUCUGAUCCGUUGAGUUGCGGCUUUAAUUUACACUAUUAAUUUUGACCUUUGACUUUAAUUUCAAUGCAUUCCACGCAAUACUCAAAAGAGCGGCCUUAAUUAUUUACUGUUCUGAUUUUACUGAUAUCUGAUUUAACUUCUAUGCAGUGAGAUGUCGUCAAAACCGGUUAAUUUAAUUAAAAGAAGAGAA